UGAGCGGCUGCGGCGGCGUCAGCACUCGCAGCCUGCGCUCCUAUGGAGCUGGGGGGUCGCCGGGGCCUGGGCUUGGCGCCGGGGCUGGCCUCGGCGACCCGGGAGCCCCCGCCCGAGCCGAGGACAGUGCCGGAGACGAGGCCUCCGGGCCCCCGAGCCGUCCGAGCCCGCCGCUUCCUGCUCUGCCUCUACCUGGUGGGAUUCUUGGUGAGUGAACGCUCGGCUGGGGGCCAGGACUUGUUUGGUGUCAGCAUGGUUGUACCUUUACUGAGCCUUCAUGUCAAGUCCCUUGGAGCAAGUCCUACGGUAGCUGGAAUAGUAGGCUCCUCCUAUGGCAUUUUGCAACUCUUUUCUAGCACGUUGGUGGGAUGCUGGAGCGAUGUGGUUGGAAGACGGUCCUCCUUGCUGGUGUGCAUUCUGCUCAGCGCCCUGGGUUAUCUCCUCCUUGGGGCGUCCACCAAUGUCUUCCUGUUUGCCCUGGCUAGGGUCCCUGUGGGUAUUUUUAAACACACCCUCUCCAUCUCCAGGGCUCUGCUUUCUGAUCUGGUUGCAGAGAAGGAACGGCCACUUGUACUGGGACAGUUCAAUACAGCCUCCGGUGUGGGCUUCAUCCUGGGCCCCAUGGUCGGGGGAUAUCUCACUGAGUUGGAUGGUGGAUUCUAUCUCACGGCCCUCAUCUGUUUCUCUGUCUUCCUUCUCAAUGCUGGUCUCGUCUGGCUGUUUCCUUGGAGUGAAGCAAAACUCAGUGGUACAAAGAAUGGCCUGAGAUUGGGCAGGAAGCCCGUGCUACCUAGGGAGACAGACGGUGAGGUGCAGGAAGCAGCCCCCACACCUGGGGCCCCAAAGAGCAAGGAGACUGCUCAGUGGGCCUGGGCAGAAGUCACAUGGGCCUUGCGGGACAUGCGGAGCCUGCUGUUCUCCGAAAUGUGGGACAUAUUCCUCGUUCGCCUGCUGAUGGCAGUGGCCGUCAUGCUGUACUACAGCAACUUCGUCCUGGCCCUGGAGGAACGCUUCGGGGUGCGCCCCAAGGCCACGGGCUACCUCAUCAGCUAUAGCAGUGCCCUGGGGGCCCUGGCCGGCUUCGCCCUGGGGCCCAUCCUGCGGCUGUACAGGCACGACUCGCACGCGGUGCUGCUGCACUCCAGCGCGCUCACCUGCACGCUGCUGCUGCUCUACUCCACGGCCCGCAGCAUGGGCGUGGUGGUCCUCUCCUCCACACUUCUGUCCUUCUCCACCAGCAUCGGCAGGACCUGCAUCACGGACCUGCAGCUGACCAUGGGCGGGGCGCAGGCCAGUGGCACCCUCAUUGGCAUGGGGCAGUCGGUGACCGCAGUGGGCCGCAUCAUCGCCCCUCUGCUCUCCGGGGUGGCCCAGGAGGUCAGCCCUUGUGGGCCCCCCAUUCUGGGGGCAGCUUUAGCCUUGGUGGCUAUUUUCAUAAUGUCACUAAACAAAUCUCGCUCUGGUGGUGAUAGAAUCGGUAAAUUAAAACGUGAAUAGGGUGGAUUUGGAUAACACAAAGAAGCAAAGUGGGUUCUGUGAAUCAGGGACAAAGGUCAUGACUAGGGCUCUUCAGAGAGGGUGGCUGGUGUGAGUGAACCUUACCUCCUGGCGGGCGGCUCUGGUGGUGGGCUCCCAGGGGGACCCAGGGCUGUGCAGCUGAGCCUGAGUCAACAGAAGUCACAGUGGAAGGCAGGAAAGUUAAGCCUGGAGGGAGACUUUGCCAGCAGGGACCAGAUUCAGUGUUUACCUCUUCCUCUCUGGUAGACAAACAGAAUAUGGUGAGUGGAUGAAGGGAGGGAACCACAUCUUUUUCCCUACUGAACAGCGUGGCGACAGCUAACAGUCACAUGUUGACCACCUGGAACCCGGUUUUCCUGGUACAUUCCAUGAGCUGAAAGGGAGCUUUGCUGCUGUCAAAAUCCUGGAGGUUGAAGACGCUCUUUUAUUAAAACCAGCCCUUCACUUCCUCAGACUUGAUUAAAAAUCUGAUGCUGACCUCGCCCCUGAGACAGACUCUGUGGCUCUGUGAGACCGAGAACUCUGCAGAGUCAUGCCUCAUGGAGUCAGAAGGAGGAGACACUGAGAUACGCUGCUUUUGAUGAAAAGCCUGAGACCGGGGCGUUUUUAUCAAUGGCUGAUGAAAUUUAGACUGUUAAAGCUGUUUGCAGUCACCAUGUGUCACACUUUUCCCACCUGACAGCAAAUGUGCUCCGCAAUAGGAGGGACGGGUUCUGGAGCCUGCUCCCUGUCCUCACUGGGACUAAAGACCCCUGGACUUCAGCCAUGACAAUCUGCUUCUAGAAUCCUGUGUCCCAGUCACAUUAUGUCAUUCUGGUGCUGAUAGGAGCUGGCGGUGAAAUCCAAGUGCAUGGGUGCAUUUAAGCAGAAUGUCUCAUGCAGAGUAAGGGCCAGGUGUCAUGCCACAUUGGAGUAUUCCAUGGGGUCUGUAUUAAAGAUGAUUUCCUUUAUUCCAAUUCAGUGUUGUACCCAGGGAGAGCCACGUUAACCUACAGGGAAGUGUUCUGGUGUGUCUUCUCCUGGGCCCUCUCUAAACUGCCAUUCAUUAGCAGCACGCGAGGGGUCAGGAAAGGGGCCCUGGCGAGGGCCGGGCACAUGCGCAGGGAGGCGAGUGCGGGCAGGCUGGUCAGUGCGGUUACACUGGUUCUUCAUGCAGACCAUUUGGGCCCGCUUUUCUUCACACUGCCAAAGUUCACAUUCCUUUUGAUCCUCUUAAUUAGUCCACUAGGACAUUAUUCCUAUUUUCAACCUAACACACGUGUAAUUAUAAACUAUGUUAAUACACUAAUUUUUCAUAACUUGAAUAUUUAUUGUUUGUAAAUUGGAAAAAAAUUUCCAUAGUUUCAGAAAUUUUGAAUGGGGUGACCCUAACACCCUAUUAUAACAAUUGAAAGUAUGUUUUAGUUUGAAGAUUGUCCCUUCUCUUAUCUGGCUUCAAGAAAAAUAAUUAACUUUUCAUUAGGUGUUAAAAUGGCAAAUUUUUACCCAGAGCUAAAGUGCUUUUGAGACCAAAAUAUUGUAUGAAAUGUUCUUGCCCGUAAGGAGCAUGCUGAACGUCGUAGAGCUGAGACUGAAAGGACAAUAAAUAAUAAGGGUUUAUGCAGUGAAGUGUAAUUCACAAGGAUUUUUCCAAAAGAUUAGCUUUUCUUCAUUCUCAGAAAUAGGUGAGUUUCUAAAAAGCUCUUAAAUACAGACUUUUUUCAUUUUUAAAAUCAUAGCACUUUAUUUUGAAGUUAAACAAAACCUAAAACUUAAUGAGGCUUUGUAACUAAUCAGACACAUGAAAAUAUUUAAAACCAAAGAUUGGUCUUACUCUACAGAAUAGGGAAACAUUGUUAUUCUCCACUGGUGAUCUGAGUUUUUGUUAAGCUGAUUUCUUUUUUCUAAGAAAUAUUUCUUCCCAGUUCCUCUUACAUAAUCUAGUACCUUGUUGUUCAAAGUUUAGUACAGAGACUGGCUGCCAUCGUCGCUGGGAGCUUAGACAUGCAGAUGCUUAGGUCCCAGCACAGACCUCCUAGGGACCAUUUUGACAAGAUAUCCUGCUGAUUUGUUUGCACAGUAAAAUUUGAAAACCACUGGUGUAAUGAAUACUGUUUGUAUUGUUUACAAAAUAUAAUCUCAGGGAAAUUAAAUUUGUUCAACUAA